CAACCUAAACAGCCCCCUUUUCCGUGUCAAAUUAGUAAUUUUCGGGCCGCUUUGUUGGUAGCGACGUGACGUGUAACGUCAAGUGUCAGCAAAUAAACACCACUUUUCUUCCAGUUAACAUAUUGUGGCGAAAAUAAGGUAGCAAGCAUGUCUCAGAGUCCUGGACAGGACCCAGGCGGGGGCCCCGAUCCGGGGGCGCCCCCCGGUUCCAGUCAAGAACUGUCGGAUCUUAAAGACCAAUUCGAGCAACAGCAAGUCUUGAUCGCACAACUGAAGGAAAUGAUCCGGAAAAAUGAGCAAACUAACGUAACGCAGGAAAAAGUCGAUGAGUAUAUGAACACUUUGUCGAAACGUCGGGCGAAGAAGUCCAGCGAUAACGGCGCCAAAAAAACACUAGACAUUCCCGCAAGCCAAAAAAUUAACCUCCUGAGACAGCAAGUCGAGCAGAAUAAGGUGAGACUUGCUGAAAGGGGGAAGAGUCAGAAAGGGAUUGAGGAAAUGGUGACGCAGCUCAAGGCACAAUUAGACGAUUCGCAACAUUUAAUCAGUCAGUCGCCUCUUAAUUUAUCGCUUCAAGACCCGAAAAUUGACUAUAGUGAGAAUUCCAAUGCCCAGGAGUUGUAUGCUGUUUUAUUGACUAAGGAAAAACGCAUUAGUGACCUUUUGGCUAAGGUGCAGAAACUGGAAACGAACGUCCUUGACUUGCAAGAAAAUUUGAAGGAGAAGGAUUCGGUCAUUGAUGCCAGAACUAAAGCUAUCACCUUGAUGACGGAAAAUUUGAGUCGGAAAGGGAAAAACACUCUGGAUACGUUGGACGAGACCAAGGAACAGAUGAGGAAAAUGCAGGAGAACUUUGUGGCCUUGGAGGCGGAAAUGAAAGCUCGCCAAAUGAAACUCCUCGAAGAUUUGAGGCUCAAAAAUUACGAAAUUGCCGAACUACAGGAAACCAAUGCCAAUUUAGAAAAACAAAUAAGUGAGAAAGCCGAAGAUUUAGAACUGGAUUUAAAGACGGAAAAUUCGCGUCUCUUGGAUAAAAUAAGAGAGUUGGAGGUGAAAUUGGAGGAGAGUCAAGAAAGCGAAGAGGUGGCCAAGCUGAAAAAACAAUUGGAAGAAGCCAAUAAAAACAUGAUCAAGGUCAAGGCACAGCACAAAUCCAAAGUUAAAGAAUUGACCAAGAAAAUCGAGUCGUUCAAAAAAAUGAGCGACGCCAAUGCGGAAAUUGUUAAACUCGAGGCGGAAAAUAGCCGUUUGAGUCAGAAAAUCGCCGAAUUGGAGGAGGAGAAGGGAAGUCUACAGUUGAAGUUGGUGGAAUCUGAUUCCAACAAAGGUUCUGAAACAGAACGUGAAAAUGAGUUGGAAAAUAAAAUCCAAGAUCACGAGAGAAUGUUGGAGGAAAAGGACAAGAUUAUUUCAAUUUUAGAAUCCGAAAUUUCGCGAUCGAAAACCGAAAUCGACAAUCUGAACGAGAAAUUGAACGGUCAAGUCAAGUCUGAAAUGGUUUCCAUUCAGUUUGAGGAGCAACUCGAACGUGUUGAAAGUGAGAAGAGACAGUUAGUUGAAGAAAACGAAAGAAUUUGUAAAGAGAAAGAACAGUUGGGUGAACAGUUGGAACAAUUGAAGAAGGAAAAACAAGAAGUGGCAACAAAAUUGGAACACUACAUUCAGGAAAAUAUGGAAUUGAUCGAUAAAUUGGAAAAGUUGAGUGCGGAAAAAGUUUCGUCGGCUGAAAGUAUCGAAAUUGUUGAAAAUCUGACCCAGCAGGAAAAACUCGAACUGGAAGCCUAUCACAAGAAUUUAGAUUUGGUUGGUGGUAAUUUGAAAGCAAGCGAAGAGAAUCUUCCACAAGUCGAUUUGAACGAAAGUGUUAACGAAUUGACUGAAGAAACGUCCGAAUUGCUUCAGAAAAUCGAGUUGUUUACGGUUGAACGAAGAGAAGUCAUGGAGAAGAUGGAACAAUUGAAGCAGGAAAAUUUGAACCUGAAUAUGAAGAUUAAAGAGAUUGAGAAUAACCGUGAUGUUUUAGCCGAGACCUACGAACAAUUGCAAAGCGAAAAGGAGCAACUCGAUGCCAAAUUGGAGAAGUUUGGAGAUUUGGAGGAAAAUUCUCGUCUUAAUAAUGCAAUUAUCGACUUGAAUCGAACUCUUGCCGACUUGGAAAAUGAUAAUAAGAGUCUUCAAAUGAAAAUCGAACAGUUGGAAGAGAGCAAUAACCACUUGACUGAAGAACUCGAAAUUGUCAAGAAUUCAGAAUCGGAAAAUCGCCAACUAGUCGAAAGCAAAGGCAACGAAAUCGUCAAACUAAUCAAAGAGAAGGAAAACACAGAAAGCGUGAUUGAAAACUUACACAAAACGAUUAGAGAGAAAGAAGAAAACUUCCAGCACAUAACUUCCGAUUUCAAAACCAAGUACUUAAAUCUCCAGAAACAGUUGAACGAGAACUCGAGUAACUUUGAGGCGAUUACAGCGCCACUUGAAGCCAAAAUCGAGGAACUUACGGCGAAAAACAAAGACCAACUCGAAAAAAUGAAAAAAAUCGCCGCCAAUUUGAAAAAGAAAACGCAAGCAUGCCAAGACCUUGAAGACAAAUUUAAGGAAACACAAGCCCGACAUGAAACUUCCUUGCAACAAUUGGACGAAAAAAUUGAACAAAUCAAAAUUUUGGAAGAGAAAAACGUCGAGUUGCAAAAUCUAAUCACCGAAAUGAAAGUCAAGAAUGAAGUUAGUCUUCAACAGGAGUUACUUUUAACUCGUGAAAAUCUCGGAAGCGUGGAAAAUUCCCUAAGGACUAAAAUCCAAGAACUCGAAAUGAUAGUAGAGACGCAAGAAAGUGAAUUGGUGAAGUCAAAAGAACGUGUUAAUAAACUAGAAGAGGGGCUUUCUUUUGUGGAGGAGCGACGGUUGAGUUUGGAACGCAAAGCUAAUGAAUUGGGGGCACAAUUGGAGGAGAAGGAAAUAACGUGUGAGGAGAUGACCCGAAGUGAGGAUUUGUUAGAACAGAGGUUGGUAGCUCUUGCUGCACAUGAUGAAGCCAUCGAACGGAAAUUACAAGAAGCAAUUGUGGAGAAUCAAGAGUUGUUGGGGCGGAAUAGAGAGUUGGAGGAAGAAGGGGAGAAAAUGAAGAAGAAGAUUGAAGAUUUAGGGGAGAAGUUUAGGCAAUUGGAGCGGGAAAAAGAAACUAUUGAAGAGUUAGAAUGUGAGAAUGAAAAGUUGAGGAAACAAGUGCACGAUUUUGAAAAUGAAUUAAAACAAACGAAUGAUAUGUUGGAGGAGAGUAAAAAUGACUUUGAUAAGGUUAAUGCUGAUUGGCAGUUGCAAUUUGAUGAAGUUUUCAAGGAGAGGACCGAACUGAUGAUACAGUGUGAGAAAUUUGCCGAAGAAUUGAAAACAAUAGCUGAGAAAGAGUUUGGUUUUAAUAACGAAUUAAUUGAGUACAAGACAAAGUUGGAAAAGAGCGAAUCAGAAAUCAGGGAAUACGAGGAGAGAAUUGGACAAUUGACGCUCGAGAAGGAGGAAUUUGAACGGCUUAGAAAUCUACUAAAGGAAAAAGAAGUCGAAUUGGAAACGAAACAAUCAGAGAUUAAACAACUAAUCGUUGAAAAAGACGAAUUACGGAAACUUUUGUCUGAUAAAGAGCCUAAGCCUGAAGCUAAUUCUUUGGCUUCUUUCUUCGAUAAUGUACCGGAGAAGAAGAAUGAAGCACAAGUUGAAACAAUUCCGACUUUUGUUUGGUCUGGACAAACUAACGAUCCGUUUGAUUUCGUCGCACAAGACACCAAAACCGAAAACACCAAUCAGGAAUUACUCGAAAAAAUAAAAACCCUAGAAUUCAUGUUAUAUAACACGGAAAAAGAAAAAGAAGAUGCCUUGCAUCAAUGUGCCCAACUAACAAACGAAUUGACACAAUUGGUUUACGAGAAACAAAUGCCAAUCGAGUCACAAAUAUUGCAAGAGAGCGACAUUAAAGACACGCCUGAUACGUGCAAACAAUUGGAAAAGAUUGAAUUUGAGCCAACUAAAGCCCCCUUAGUUUCAUCACUUGAGGCCGGUCCUGUAGUCGAAGAACCAAUCCAGGUUAAAGAGGCCUACUUGUGUUACAAUGACGAUUCCCGAAAUGUUAGUAUUUUUGGUGAGAAUGACGAUGGUUGGGGUUGUGGUGUGGAAGAGGAAAACGUUCAGAAGUCAACAGAACAUGAAAGUUUGAAUGAGAGAAUUCGGGUUCUUGAGCUGGAGCGAGAAAAUCACUUGGAAGAGAUUCGACAAUUGCAAGUCAAGUCGGGCAAACUUAUUAAAAAAUUGAAGGAGUUUAAGGUGAAGAAUGAAGAGCUGGCCAAGAAGAAACCGGAUGAUUUCUUCAAUUUGGAUGAUACGAUUCAGGAAGAAUUGAAGUUGCAGAUUGAACAAGUUGAAAAAAGGUUAAAAGAAACAAUGAAUGAGUUGGAAAAGGAGAAAAACGAGAAAAUUGUCAUUGCCAAGAAAGUCGAGUCGUUGUCAAUGACAAAUGAGCGUCUGGUUGAAGCAAAAGAGAAGCAGGACAUUGAGUUGUUAGGUUGGCAACAACAAAACCGGGAACUGAGCGCUAAAUUGGAACAAUUUGAAUGGGGCGAUGAUAGUUUUACAACUGAAGAAAAACCAACCGUUGUUUCCACUAAUAAUGAAGAUUUGGCAAAGAAAAUCCAAGAAUUAAACGAGACAAUCAAAGAUUUAACACUUGAUAAUGAAGAACUUCAGGCACUUUUAGAGGAGCAAAGACGGUUGAGAAUCGAGUCGGAAAAAACAACAGUUGAUCCCGAAGUCUUGAAACACUUGCAACAACAAUUAACAACAAACUGUGAGGAGAAAAAACAGUUGCAAGAACAAAUAAACGAAUUAAUUAGGAAAAAUGACGAACUGAGCGAGAAAUUUGAAACAAUCGAGCAACAAAAGGCCGAACUAGACGAACUAGUGUCAAGUAAAGACGAAACAAUUGUAAAAUUGAACGAAACUUUGAGAGGAAUUGAGGAGGAAGUUUCCGUACUUACGACUGAACUACAAGAGAAAAAUUCCCAAAUUGAAGCAUUGAAAACUUCGUUUGAGGCUCAAGACGAUCGUGAGAAACUCGCCAAUGAAAUAGAAGAAAAAAUGGCCACAUUGAAAACAAUCGAAUCGGAAAAACAACUUCUUUUCAACGAAUUGCAAGAGAAAAACAUUCAAAUAAACACACUUCGUGAAAGUGUCGACUCACAAAUCGGUUCAUUGAAGGACGAACUCGACAAUCAAAUCAAAAUCGCUCAAAACUUACUUGAGGAGAAAACACUUUUGAGUGAAACACUCAAAGAGAAAGAGAGUGAAGUUGUUCGAUUAUCGGCAACGAUGGAACAAAUGACUCAAGAGUGGGAUUUAAGAAUCGAUCAACGAGGAAACGACGUUGCUGAAAGCUGGAAACUUCAUUUAGAGUCACGCGAAAGUGAAUUUACCCAAAUCGAGCAACUUUUACGCAAGGAAAUCAACGAAUUGGAGGAGAAAUGUAACGCCUUAGUUAAUGAAAAUAACGAAUUGAGGAAAAAUGUCGAUGCUGAGAUACGUAAUGAAGUGGAUCGUGUCGCAGCUUUGCAACAACAAAUCAAUGAUCGGCAACAGUACAUUAAUGAGUUGACGAAAACCCUCCAAGAGAAACAACGUGAAGUUGAAGGGAUUCAGAUGGAGUUGGAGACGACCAAACAAAGUCUGGAGAUUGAUAAGGAGAUUGUUGAUGGGGUUUUGCACCUAGUGGUGGAGUUUUACGACGGUGGUGUUACACGUGAUCACUCUUUGAUUAAAGUUUUGAAAGAUCGUGAAAAUGUGAUAAUUGGGUUGAAAACUGAGUUGGAGAGUCUUAAAACCAGGUUUGAGGACAUUGAGGUGGAGAAAACCAAAGGUUUGGAGGACGUGCAACGUUUGAGGGUCAUGUUGGAGGAAAGGGAACAAACAAUUGCGGGUCUUACAAGCCAAGUCAGCGAACUGCAAAAUUUGAAAGAUUACGAAAAUGAAAAUGUGCAAAAUCUACAACAGAACUUGCACGAUUACCAACAAAUUAAUAAUAAUUUGAGUGCGCAAGUUCAGGCACAAGUGGCGCAAAUUGAGGCUAAAGACCGCGAACUUGAUAAUUUGAGGCAUUUGGUUGAGGAAAAGCAACGAGAGUGUGACUAUGCCGUUGAGAAUCUAACUCAAGAGUAUAGAGUGACGAUCAAUGAACAGGUUCACGAAAUCGAGGUUUUGAAGCGCCGAUUGUCCGAAAAUGAGAAUCGUUACGAAGAGUUGCUUCAUUCUAAAGAAUCAGAUUUGGAAGGUGUUCAGUACGAAUUGAAUCAAGUUAUGGUUUCAAAAAGCAAAGAAAUUGAAGGCUUGGCGUCUCAACUAAAUACGAAAAUCGAGGAAUGUGAGAGUUUGCAACGCAAAAUCGAGGAACAAGUUGAAGAAACUAAACAGUUGACUGAACUCAGGGCAAUUAUCGAGGAACAAGUAUUAAAAAUUGAAGAACUGAAGAAAGAUUUGUACGAGAAGAGCAACGAUUACGAUUCGUUGAUUGCCGAAAUGGACAUCAGUCGUACCAACGUCAAAGCACCAGAGGCGGCACCACCACCCAAAACUGAAGAAACUGAAGAUUUAACCGAGCCAGUAAGCCGAGCCGAACUCGACUUGGCUCUGUAUAUGUUACACCAAAGAGACGUCCGUUGUGAGGAACUGACAGUCGAGUUGACACAAUUAUUGGAAGAACGUGAUACGUUACAGUUGCGUUUGUCGAAUGUUUUACGUGAGAAGGAAGAGUUGGGGAGGAAAGUGGGUGGCGAAGGUGGGAGUUUGGAAGUUUUGCCAAAGCCGGUUGAAGUUGAGAGUUCUUUAACGGAUAAGUUGUCCGAAUUGAAGACGGUUGGGUAUAAGAAAGAUAAAACUAUAGUUGAUGAGCAAGAAACGCGCCGAUUGCAACAGUUGUCUAUUAUGCAACAGCACAGAGAUGUCGCUUCGAGAUUACCGCCGGAAGCGGCCGCCCGAUUGGUGGAUGCCAGCUAUACCUUAUCUCGUGAUGUCCAAAGUCCGUCUAAAGUAUUGUUGAACUGGUUAUGGGGCAGGAGUACGCCCCGGGUUAAUAAUAUAUAGUCGACAAUGUGCCUAAAUAUUUAAAAUAAGGUUUAAAUGGUUGUAUAUGUUUUUGUAAAAUUUGUAACAUACGCAUUUAGUGUGCUUGAGCAAUAAAGAGUUUAUAGUA